AUGGAGUACUUAUCUCGCGGAUUUAAGUCAGUUUUGGGCAAUCAGCAGGGUGGUUCUCAACCUUCUCCUCAAGAAACGGUGCGCAUUUGUCUAAAUUUUUGUAAUCUACAAUGUGUGACAGUUUCAGACGUUUAUUUUAACUAUCAAUUUUGAUCCAGGUUGAAAGAUUAUGUGACCGCGUAGCCUCUUCUACGCUGCUGGAAGACAGACGGGAUGCUGUUCGGGCGCUCAAGUCUCUCUCGAAGGUAAAUUUUUAAUGAAAAUUAAAAGGCCUCACCAGAAUAUUCUCGUAGAAAAGUUCGAUCUUAACCGUGAAAAUGCAAGGAGUUUACAUGAAUGUUCCAUGACAUACCGUUCUGGGAUCGGAAAGAGGAGUUUAAAACCGUCGAGGGCAUUAGGAAAGGAAAUUGUUGUCCAAUAGAAUUUCUUUCAUUGACGGCCUAAUCAACGUCUAAAACAGAAGUGAUCAAAAUUCUAGCUUACGCAAUGGAUGAGACGUCGCCAUCAGCUUAAUAUUUGGGAUCUAAGUAUAUCAGUUAAGUUAUCCAACGAUGGAGUUGUUUAUCAAUUAAGUUGUCAAACAACUAGUACAUUGAAUCUUCUUCUCACACAAUUCCUAUAAAAUUAUCAAAACUCCAAACUUGUUGGUUAGGAAGUUAACAGUUUCCAAUAUUACAUUCAAACUGAUUAGGGCUCACAAGUACAAUUGUAUAUUAUUACAAACGGAAGUUUUUCCACUGAUUGAUGAGCUGAAUGCUCUUUUCAAGGCUGCUUUCGAUGUAUGAUAAUUUUACAGUUAGGAUAAUCACAUUCAGCUCUGAGAUUGUGUCCAGUAGUAAGGAUCGAGAUCUCUCUUUUUUUUUUUAUCAGAAAUUUCGCCUUGAAGUUGGAACACAGUCAAUGGAUCUCUUGAUAAAUGUCUUACAAAAAGACAGGUAGGCUGUGCAGGGCUUUAAGCUAAAUUUUUCUUAAAUCCCCAUUUAGAAACCUAAAAUGAUGAAAAUAAUGGUCACCAAAACAUAUAAUUUAAUCAGCCGAAAACUAAAAUGAGAUAAGGUUAAAACCUUUGCAUAACAAGAAGAGAUAUUUUGCAUACUAAAUGAACUGCAAAUGACUUCAUCUCUUGACCAGGUACAUGUAUUUGGUUACAUGGCAUAGUAUUCUGAUGAACAAGCCGACCUCUUCGAACCCCGAAUCACUCCCUACAACCUAAGAAAUACUGGCCUCAACAUAACUCAAAAUUCCUACACUGUACAACAGCAAAUUCCGUCACAAUUUGUACUCAUUUGUCAUCUCUCGCAUCUGGAACAAACUACCACCUUCUGUUAAAAUCGCCCCUAACUUAUCGUCUUUUAGAAGAAAACUGAAAACUCUUAUUUUUACUGGCUGCCAAUGCAAAAGCUGUCUAUAAUCUUUUGACACUUCUGCGUAUACAUAGCUUCUGUUUAAAUAUACAUUUGUAAAUAGUUUAACGUGAUAACUAAUAAUUUAGAUUUAAGAAUUUCAGACUUAGUAAAUGUAUUUUAUAGUCAGUCAUUUUUAUCAUGAGCCUCCGGCUCGGGAGAUUGGGCAACCACUCCCCGUGUACCUGACGGUAAAUAAAUUAUACUUAUACUUAUACUAACUAUGAUGACAGAAUGAUUGCCCCUAGCAUUUUCUUUGGUGACUUAUCAAUCUGUACCAUUGAGUGCAUCUGCUCUUUUUCCUUGUUUAGUGUUGAUAAGUUUACCCUUGGGGAUAUUUUGGCAAAAAUAAACAGAUACAAACAUUAACAUUUUAACAGUAAAUUUGAACUGUAAUACAUGUCCAUGUGUUUUUUUUUUGUCCAUUUUACUUUUAAUCUCUCUGUUUUUUGUCUUCUCUUUCUUUUUUUUAUAAUUUCAAUUUUGACUUCUGUUUGAUCUUAAAAUUUUAGGAAUGACACAGAGAUCACAGGUUUAGCCUUACAAACUUUGUGCAACCUGCUUUCCGCUGAUCCAGCUCAAGGUGAGAUUGUGUAGAUUUUAACUCUCUGACUCCCAAGAUCUGAUUGUUAAUUCUCCUCUCUAGCUGCUACACAUUUCCUUGUUAGUUAGUUACAAGAAUUUGGUUUUAGAUCAAGGUAACAACUUCCACCUGAUAAGUUUGAGUAUUCUCAUUACCUUUUUGCUGGAUAAUAUAUGGAUAUUAUAAGAAGUUACUUAUUAAUCACUUCUAGGAGUUGAAGGUUAGGAUGAAGAAUAUUCUGGGUUAAAAUUUGGAUUUGGUUGUUACAUGUAGUUGUUCUUUCUCUAAGAAUCACAGCAAAUUUAAUUUGUCAGGAACAAGAGCAAAUACCAAUUAGACCAGUUUCUGUUGAAAGGAAAAUUCAUUUAAACUACUGUAAUACUUUUUAGAGUGUGAACCCUUUCACUCAUAAUAUCUUGUUAACGAUUCUCCUUACUAUCUGCCAUACGAUUCCCAUGAUGUUGGUGUGAAGAAUUUGAUAUUGGAUCGACUUAGAAUCCCCAUAAUUUAUAUUUUAUUCUCAUCAAUUUUCUUCAUAUUGUAUUGAUAUUGUAAAGAGAAAUUCUGGUCACUCAUGGGAGUUAAACGGUUAAUACCAAUUAGUAACUGUAACUCUAGAUUUAUAAAUAACAUACAUGUACCAUUGAUAGUAUUAGCAAUUAAAUCAUCUGUUAUCAAUAUUUUGUAAAUUGACAAAUACUUCAACAAUUUAUUGCCAAAGAAAAUUGAGCUCCUUCUUAUUUUCUUUUCUAGAUGAAGGUGGUCGAGAUGCCAGUCAAACUGCUUCUGAUGUUGAAUUAGGAGUUCAGUUUACAGAAAUUUUCAUCAAGAAAAGUGAUAAUGUUACUUUGUUACUUGGGCUUUUAGAGGUACUGUAUACCGUAUACAGAAGAAAGUUUAAAGUAGUUGCUGAAUUUGCAGUCAGUGAUUUUUGUGCCAUUUUUUUCCUCUCUAAUCUUAUACCUAUAUGUCUUACUAUAUUAAUUUUGUUGAUAUAAGAUACAUGUAUAAAACAAGUAAUGGGUUGUUUGAAUUUAUGAGCAAUUUGCUACUGAGCUUAGAAAAAAAAAAUGGCUUUUUGGUUUCCCUUGUCUUGUUGUGUCGUCCUGUAUUACAUAUCAGUUGGUAUAUAAAUUGUGCUAGUGAUUUGAACAGACAGAACAGGAACCAAAUUUUCUGCUGUUAAUACUGAUUACACAAUAAAAUUGUCAUGCUGAAGAUAAGUAAGAUGUUUUCAAGCCAUUUUGUUCAGUUCUUUCUUUUUUGUAAGUUGGUCAAACCAGGAUACGUUAUGAUGUAAUCUUUUAAGCACUCCCUUAACCUUAUCUGAUGAGAUUACAUUUUACAGGCUUACAUGUAGAAACAUGAAGUAACAAACUGUACAUUAAUUUUCAGGAGUAUGAAUUCCAAGUUAGAUGGCCAACCGUUAAACUUCUUACUGUGUUACUGACAAACAAAAGGUAAAAAAACUAAAGACAACCUUAUCUUAAAUUUCACCCAUAUACUGUACAGCCUGUAUUACUGACUCCAUUUUGUACACAUAGUACUGUACAUGUAUACACUGUACUGUGUUACUGACAAACAAAAGGUAAAAAACUAAAGACAACCUUAUCUUGAAUUUUCACUCAUAUACUGUACAGCCUGUAUUGCUGACUCCAUUUUGUACACAUAGUACUGUACGUGUGUACACUGUACUGUGUUACUGACAAACAAAAGGUAAAAAACUAAAGACAACCUUAUCUUGAAUUUCACCCAUAUUAAUACUGUACAGCCUGUAUUACUGACUCCAUUUUUGUACACAUAGUACUGUACAUGUACAGUAUAUUCAUAAUUUUGGUGCAUUUUUACAGAUUAGCAGCAGAUUAAUGAACAGUUAUUACAAUAAUAAUUUAAAAAAUAAGUUGUACAUAUAGCUUACAUUACAACUCAAAGAUGCAUGUAAUUUGACGAUGCAAUGCAAUUCAUUCCUCUGAGGAUUGAGGCUUGAGUCCAGGUUUGAGAUGUUCAAUCAAGUUUCAAGAUGCUCUAAACUUAUUUCAAGCAUCUUAAAACUGCAAAUGGAGAUCCUGGAAAAGUUCUUUAAGAAACUCAAUCCUUGAUUUGUGAUCCUGAAUUCUCUAAAUUUUCAAGGAUCAAGAAUCAAGUUUGGGCUGAGAUUGUCAACUUUUUUUGAGGGGUACUGUUAACAGAUCAUUAAUUUAUUUUGAUUGAUUUUGAUUUAAUUUUCAGUCAUCAACUCCAGCAGUGCAUUCUAGUAAGCCCCAUGGGUAAGUUGAAGAACAACACUUGUAUGUGCCAUUUCACCCUUAACAACAUAACCUUUUAGUUCUAUCAUUGAAGAAUCAAUUGGACAGUGUGACUGACCAUCAUCAGGCCUGCUGCAACCCAUAUACUGUAUGAAGGGCUUGUUCAGGGCUCCUGUCAGGUCUUCACUGCUGUUGUAGCAGUGGCUGAUUUAGGCUCUAACAGUACCUGUGUCAGCCACAAGUCUAUAUGUUAUGGGUGGUUCUAUGGAAGACUCGUGUACUGUACAUUGUGCAUGAAUGAUUGCAACUUGAACAUAUUCCAGGACUCCAUUGGUUUUACUUUUUGUUUUAUUCUGGCCAGUCAGAUGCAAUUACAUCAUGCUCACUCAUGUUUUCUUGUGCUUGAGGUCGAGGCAUUGGAGACUCACAUUUUCUUGCACUUGCUUUAAGACUUUGAUUUUGAGUUCUCACUGGCUUCUUAUGAUAACUUAUUUCCUCAAAUAAGAACACACAGUCAAAUAAGCACCCCCCCCUGACUUAGGCUAUAAUGCCAAAUGAGUGUUCCUCUCAAAAAGUGUCACUCCCUUCCCCCUCCUAUUUCACUAUUUUAUAUACUAGUAGGGAUACAAGGAAACAUGUUCCUAAUGCCACCCUAUUAAAACUUUUUCAGCUUCUGCUACAGCUGAACCAGUACAGUAGAAAAGUCUCUUUUUUGUUCAAGUUCUUUCUAUCCCCAUAUGGUUGUUUUUCUUUUAUAUAAUUAUGUUAUCAGUACUUUAAUUUUUGUCUUAUUUCUGUACCAACUUUACAAAUGCUCCCUCAAUCAAAUCACCCUCUUUGCAACAAGCACCCCUCAUUCCAGCCAAGACUUUUAAUAAGUGCCCACCUUCUAUUCAAGGAAAUACACUAGCUCUGAAGUAAAUUGUUUGCAUUUGUUUUAAAUGCUUUUUCUCUUCUGAAUUGUUGAUCAAGUCUUCUAUUGAGAGGAACUUUGUUUUUAUUUUGUUUUGUUCUGAAGGUGUAUCCAGACUAAUGGACUUACUGUCAGACAGUAGAGAAAUCAUCAGAAAUGAGGUACAGCUCAUGUUUAUUCCCAUAUAAGGAAUAAGGUUUUUAUAAUUUUUAUGAAGUUGAUUGCAGCUUCAAGUAGGUAAGGCUGUUUCUAAGGUGAUGAAUAAGACAAUAUAUGUCUGUAAUAUAAUUUGUACAUGUGCAUUGUAUUAAUUGGUCAUUAUGGUACUUACAGCUGUGCUCAAGGAAAGAGACCAACUGGGUCUUUUUGAUAACAUAAACUAUUUCAAGAGUAAGUUGUGUGUCAAACUGUAAUGGAAAAAAUCUGCGUCAGUAGUAGAUUGCUUUUUUAUCAAAAAAAAGAUCUUCCUUCCUCUUCCACUUGGGAAGUUUAGAGAGCACUCAAGAAGCUAGAGUUGUUCUCAGCUAUGCCUCGAGCAACUCUUACGCAUCUUUUGUGCUUUCCAAACCUUUCCAAACUUCCCGCCUGCUUCAUAUCUUGAUGAAUGCAUGCUGACGUAUGAACCAAUUGUUAAUUGAAAGAUAAAAACUAAUAGUUAAGCACCCAAUAAGUAGUUCAAGAUGCACAUGCAUCAAUGAAUACAAAAAUGUAUGUACAUGUAGCUAGGAGAUUUGUCAUCUAAUGCAUUGUAUAUUGCUUUUUUCAGGGUCUCUUGUUGCUAAUACAGCUUACCAAGUCUAAUGCUGCUAUCCAGGUUGGAGCCAGAUUUCAUCGGUUCUGUGAAUUGUUUCAAUCUUUGCAUAUACACAAUAUAUGUAUAAAGUACAAUCUACAAUCUACAAACAAUAAUAAUGUUUUUUUUUUCUUUCUUUUGUCCCCCUUCAAAUAGAAAAUUGUUGCCUUUGAGAAUGCAUUUGACAGACUCCUUGAAAUAAUUACAGAGGAAGGUUACAGUGAUGGAGGUGAGUGGAGAUGUAACUAUGGCAGAAAAUUUUUGUGCCAUCGCAUUGUAUGGGAAGUGGUUACUUCCAAGAAGUUUCAACAACAAUUCUAUCUGUGGUAGCAGUUUCAUGAACAUAAUUAUACAUAUAGGUCAGUCACAAACAGAGUAAUUUUAAUGUGGAAAAAGUGUUGUUAAUGGGUGAAUAUUUUCAGAAACAGCUCUGUUUUUUUUGUUUUUAACAUUUACAUGUAUACGUAUACAAACUAAGGUAUAUUUUAUAACAUAGAAGUGUUCAAUUUGAUUGCUGAAAUGACACUGACUUAUCAGUGUGAAAAGACCACAAGUACUUAAAUUUUUCUGUACAGAUUGUAUGAGUGCAAUGCUCUUUAAUAAUCCAUUGACAUUUUAAAACCAUAUGUGCAUCUAUGGGUGGUAAAACAGCUAUGAAGACACAAUGAUUGCCCCCAGAAUAUUCUUCUGUGAUUACUUAAUCUGUACUAUCAAGUACCUCUGAGCUGUUUUUUCACCAUAAUGUGAUACAAUGUACAUGUAAAUUUGAAAUCUUUCUUGUUCUCAUACAUAUUGCCAGACAAUGACAACAGUUUUUCUUGUGCCAUGAUAACUUUUCUUUCAGCUUCUGAUAUUUUUAAAAAAUUUAAUUGCAACAAAUCACUAUGGGUGUAUUGUUCUAAAUUAUACAUGAUCAGUAAGCUAAGGUUUUCAUUACAUACUGGUAAGGAUCCAGUUUGUCCCUGAAAAGCCCCAAUGGGAAGAGGUCAAUAAAAUAUUGCUAAUAUUGCAUUGUAAGUUCCAGGGUAAUUCCAAAAAAUUUCAGUUACUUGAAAUACUUCAUUUUUCAUUUGCUCUCUUGCAGGAAUUGUAGUAGAGGACUGUCUCCUACUGAUGCAAAAUCUAUUAAAAUUGAAUGUUUCAAACCAAAACUUCUUCAGAGAAGGGAGGUAUGAGAUUAAGUUUUUUUUUUGUUUGUUUGUUUUGAAAUUGUCUGUUUUGUCCCUUUAUUGUUACUCACUGUGAUGUUGUUGCUGUUCUGGUGGUGGUUGAUGUUGUUGAUAGGUCUAAUUUUCCUUUAUGUUUUAGUCUUUUGACAUUUUACACCCAAAUAUCAGUAUUGAUAUUCUCCAUAUUUGUCUUUAUACUUUUCCUUUGGUACUGACAGGGAGAAUCCAUUCAUUUAACAACCACAGUUUCUUAGGUUGGGAGUCACUUCUUUCAUUCUCAUGAUCUUAAUGUAUUACUCAGCAGUUUUAUUACCAGGAGAAAUUAGAUGCUGGUCGUGCUUAGGGUUUAAAAGGGUUCAUUUGUCGCUGCAGUUUAUUCUUUUUUUAGUGGAUGUGUCUGUGCUUGUUUGAAGUGAUGUGUUUUUUGUUACCCUUUGUGUGAUUCUUUUUGUCUGUUUUCAAAUCUUUCUUAGCAACAACUAUAUAGGAAUAUGCCAUUUAUUGAAUUUGUUUUAACUUUUCAAUGUUUUUCGAUUGUUUUUGUUACCAACAGUUAUGUUCAAAGACUUACUGCAUUCUUUGAGUUGGAUCAAGUUUCUUCACCGGCCACUCCUGGUCAGUCUUCUUCUUCUGUAUUGGUCAAUUUUUUUUUCUUUUGCACACAAAAUCCUUGGCAUUUUUCGAUGACAGUUCUACUUGUAAGAGCCAUCCAAAUCUUUCACAAAUAAAGAAUGACCCUUAAACCCCUAGAAGUUAUUAACAUGUAGCUUCUCCCUGUAAUAUCCAUAUAUUAUCCAUCAAACAGGUAAUGAGAAUACUCAAAAUCAUCAGGUAACACUAAAUACUUAUAGCUUAUUUUAAAAUCUGUAGCAGCUAGAGGGAGAAUUUACAAUCACAUCUUGGGAGUUUAAGGGUUAAUAGAAUUUAGUAACAUGUAAAAGACAGCAGUGGUUUAAGAAUUGCUCAAGUCAAGCUUAUUUAUUUUAUGAAUAAAGGGGGUAAGUUUCUAAAGAAACUGUGGUGCUGCGUCGGGGGGAGAGUAUAGCAGGUAAUUUAGUGUUAACAACUGGGUUGAAAACGUAAAUUGGCCACCAUAAAGAGUAAAAAAGCUGACGUUUCGAAAGUUAGUCCUUCAUCAGAGUGAUAGACAAAGGGCUAAUGCUCAAGACGUCAGCUUUUUUACUCUUUGAUGUGGCCAAUUUUACAUUUUCAACUCAGUUGUUAACACUAAAUAAUAUUACCUUAUUUAUGUUAUGUUUGGAGAAAAAGCUCCUUGCAUUGCUCUUUAAUUUAUGCAGCAGUUUCAGUGAAUUGUCAUGUAAUUUCAAACUGGCUGUAUUUAUGAUGCCUUAUCUUCUUGCAGAAAAUCAAGACAGUACAUGGUCAACACAGAAAGUGUCAAAUAUCAAGCUUAUGUUGCAGGUGAAACAAGGAAAGACUUCAUUAUGUAUAGAAAGUUGUUAGCAGAGCAGGAGGUGGUGUUUAAGUUACUCAGUACAGUUGUAUUUCUCAGUCAGCAUCAAACAGAGUUUUGUCUGUUGUUUAGCUUAUCAGCCUUGUGGUCUAAGUUGACCAAAUGAAUUAGAACAUGCUACUAAAAUGAAUAUAUCUUAUUAGACAUUUUGGCUGAGUAUUUUGGCAUGUUUUUCUGUAUGUUGACAAGCCUCCUAGGGAGAGUUGAAAUACAAACUAGUAAUCAACUUAAUUCUAAUAAUUUAAUUAUUGAUAUCAGGGCUUGUAUUUUUCUUCCUCUUUCAGCUUGUCAGAGUGUUAGUUUCUCCAGACAAUCCUCAACAGGCCACAGCCACUUGUCAAAAAAUAAUGAACCAAUGUGGUGAGUGCCAUAGUACUAUCUGCUUGAAAUGACCAUCAAUUGGUUAAUGUUUUGCACGAUGCAAAUUUACUUUAUAGUUACUGUAAUAGUGAUGAACAAAUACUCAGUUAUAACCUUAGUUGUACUGUCAGUACCUAUUGCAUAUUGUCUGGAUAAUUGAGUCUUGUAGCAUAGACAAGAAACAGCUAUGAUGACAAAAGGAUUGCCCCCAGAAUAUUCUUCUGUGAUUACUUCAAAUCCAUACUGUCAGUCUCAUUGUCUGAGCUGUUUUGUUGUAAGUUUUCUAAUCAUUUCAAUGCUCCUGAUAAAACCAGGUCAAUUCAAAGACUGGUUAGCAACCCUGACUAAUUUGAAUUUUAUUGCACAAUUAUCUACUUAGAAUGGUAAAGUAUGUCUUUACCUAUUAACUUUCAUAUUGCUACUCUCCUCCACUCCUCUAUUAAAAUAGUCAGUAAAGAAGCCUGGUGGAUUGUUCAGGGUUAUCUUGUAAUCAAUAACAGUUCUUUUCAAAGUGAUGGGGAAGGGGAUGAAAGUGACAGUGCAUAGCAACUUGGGAAAUCAGGAUAUGUUCUCCCACCAGCUGUGGGAGAAAAUUUAAGCAGACUUAACGUUACUAAGCCUUACAUAAGCUCAUGGGUGCCAAUUAUUAAUUUCUUUUGUCUGCAUUAGGAUUGUUGAGGUUACUUUGUGGUAUACUUAUGUCGACUGGAAUUCCUGCCGACAUCCUCACUGAGGUAAAGUAUUUAGUGAUGUACACUGUAUUAUAAACAUUUACAGUUGCACUCAUAAGCCUAUGUUUUAUAGAAUACCUCCAAGAAGCUAGAAAUCUGUAGCACACUGUAUAGGCAACAAAUUUUAGUCAUGAGUAAUGAUCAAUGUAACCUUUAAUUUGCCACUGAAAGCUAAACCAGUGAUCAGCAAUAAUUGUGCGGCUAGUGGAAUAUGGCUUUGGGCACUUUCUUUGUCUGGCUUAGAUUUUAUAUCAUAUUUGCAUUUGUGGUCAGAUAAGACUGUCUUAUGAAAUGUUACGUUGAGGCCGUUUAUUAAUGCGAUUUUUUUGUAAUAUUCCUUCAUUGAAUCAAUCAGACUAUCAACACUGUAUCAGAAGUAAUCAGAGGAUUCCCAGCAAAUCAAGAAUAUUUCUCUCAAGUGAAUGCUCCUUCAAACCCUCCUAGGUAAGACACUGUCAUUUUGGAAAUGUACCUUGUCUUUUCUUUAUCUCUCUUUUUUUUUGGCACAAUUCUACAACUUUCUCGUUAAUAUUACUAUGUACGCAUUGCAUGCUUACGUUUUUUUUUGUCCAGUCCUGCCAUUGUUGUCCUUCUCAUGUCCAUGAUAAAUGACAAGCAGCCGUUCAACCUUCGCUGUGCUGUCUUGUACUGCUUUCAGGUAAGUUCCAAUUUAAGUCUUGUGUUAAACGUGCUUUACAAGAUGACCGUAGGAGUAACUACUAAAAUGAAAUUAAAAAAAACAAGUUAAUUGAAGGCUGUAUGAAUGAAGGCAAAAAUGCUUAUAGGUACUGCACUGAACAGACGAUGUGUUAAGGAAAGAAAUUGUUUUGUUACGUGGGCAAAUAUAAUUUUAUGGAAUGUUCAAAUUUCGAAUCCCAUUCUCGUUAAACCACUUGACAAGGCCACCUCCACUUGCUGGCUCAACUUGUUCCCUUAUUUAUUUAUUUAUUUUAUUUAUUAUUUACUUUGAUGAAGUUGGUUUUUUUUGUUUCUGAACAGUGCUAUCUUUACAAGAAUGAACAGGGACAGAAUGACAUUGUGACAACAUUGCUGCCAUCUUCAGCUGCAGCUGGUAAAUAUUACGAAAUGUUUACCAGAAUCAUUCUUACUUUCCUCCUUGAUCGCUUUUAUGGUUUAUUUGAAUUGGAGUUAAGAAUGGGGUGCGUUUCGAUUGAGUGUUGCAAUGUACUUGCAAAUUUGACCACAAAGCAGAAACGAGAAGUGUUAUCAAUUAUUCUCAAGAAAGUGCAGGAGACUUUGCUUUUGUGGCUGCUGGUUUUUCUCUUUGUCUCGGAAGAUUGCCCCUCUGAAGAUGUUAGGGUUAAUUGCUAAUGUGUUUGUCCGUUUAUGGUUAAUGGGCAUCUUUUUAAUUUCUUUCUUUAUUUUGCCUUUACCUACACCUUAUUUUGACUUUUGCUUCAUUUCUAGCCAGUAACAUUUCUGCAGGACAGCUGCUUUGUGCUGGUUUAUUCAGGUAGGUAUUGCAAAAAGCUGAACGAAAUGUGUGCUUCUACAACGCAUACCACCGAUAGUCCGUGUCAACUUCAGUUAUACCAGUUUUCCUGAAGCCCUUGAGCUUCAAAGUUGUAUCAUAAACUUGGAACGCUAGUCUGCACGUUGCCCGAAUAUCAGGCAUAUAGAAGUUACGCCCGUUAGCCUUUAUUGUUAUCCACAAUCACGCUUCCAAUCCAGUCUUAGCGUUGGAUUGAUUGAACUGCGUGAAUUUCGUGACUGCCCUUUUUUUUCCUAUAAUGAAGCGCUUUCUAGACUUAGCCAAAUAAUUUUAACCAAAGAAUCUCGUACUGACUAAUAUCGUUUCAUACUUUCACUAUUUCUGUACAGUCCAGACCCUCUGUCCAACUGGUGCGCAGCAGUAGCUCUUUCCCACUGUCUAAAGGGUAACCCCACCCAAAAAGAACAGCUUCUUAGAGUACAGCUGGCAACCAGUGUGGGUGAGUAUUUAAUUCUCUUUACCGAUUUCGGACGGCUUCUUGCGUUUAAGUUGGGAGAACUUCGUUUUUGGUAUGACUCAGAUGAUUCGUAUGUUGAAUGAGGAAUCGAUCCUUUCUCUUAAAGUGCAAGAGCAGAAAGUAUAGACUGAGAGAAAAGCAGGCUUCGAUGGGGUGUUAAUCAGUGCUUUCCAGAUAUGGGUAAUGCCCACUAAGCCACGUUUUCAUAGCGAGACAGAUGUUUAGUUCGUUUGUUUGUCUGUUUGGUUUUUCCCUGCAAGUGACUUUGACCACAGAUGAAAUGUGAAAUGUAUUUUACUUGACUUGCGGAUAACAAGUGGCGAAUGGAUCCUGACAAAUGACUUUGAAAAUCAUUUGUAAAAAUGUCUUGGUAGUGUGUAAGCUCUAACAGAUUCCUUAUCAUUUUUAGGAAAUCCUCCAGUUUCCUUGCUUCAACAAUGUACCAACAUGCUCUCACAGGUAACCAUAACUAAUGUUCCUAUAGCUGGAUUUAAGGUAUCAUUAAGAAGACCGUGGUGGUAAGAUAAGGCAUUGCUACCUAGAGGUUAUAUAUAGUUGUUAAAAUUUUUUGUUUACGAUUACUUGAAUUUUUUCGCAGGGUGGAGAGAUACAAACACGUGUUGGUUUGUUGUUGUUGCUGUGUUCGUGGUUAUCCAAUUGCUCCUUGGCCGUGUCUCAUUUUCUUCAUAAUUCUGCCAACAUUCCAUAUGUAUCUUUUGGCUACUGAGCUGUGUCAAUGAGAAAGUAGAAACUGGAAUUGUUCAAAGUAGCUUCAUAUGUAAUCCUCAACAGGAAACGUGUACUAAGGUGACACGGGCACGCGUAUCAUGACACGGUACGUUAAGCGUGUCACAAAUUUGCAGAUAUGUGCAUAUUGAAUACGCAAAAAAAGACAGAAGCGGUGACUCGCGAUAGUCGCUCCCCGCCUGUUGUAUUAUUUGUAACAGGCUGGAACUGAAAAGGUAAAGGAAGAAGGAAGGUUCAAAUUUUGAGAACGCGAGGUAUAGUCGGAAGUGCAGUCGUCGGCUUACCUUUCUUUAUUCGCGUCUACAUUACGAAUGAACAGAGUCCUCUUGAAAAUGGCGACCACAGUUUAUCUUGGGAAAAAAUUAAACUUCUCAGUAAGUCUGUAAAUUUCCUAUCAUCGUUCUCUUCUCAAAGCUAUUCCUAGUCUCCUUAACUGCUGUAAGCUGAUGGCUCAAGUCGAGGCUCAUGGCGAGGAAGCUGACAGACUGGUUGGAGCUCUCUGUGCUCUUCUUUUAGGCAUUUGUUUGGAUAACAACGACAAUUCAGAAGCUACAUGUCAGAAGUAAGUCAGCUCUCGCUCUUAACUCUUUCACCCUAACAUCAGUAUGCAUCUUCUCCAUACUGUUCUCUAUACAUUUCCUAAGGUGCGGACAAGGAGAAUUUGUUUAACAAUCAAGAUCAAGAGUUUUUUUUUUAGCUGACGAUCAUUUUCUUUAUUAUUGGUACCUUAAUGUGUUUUUUUAGGGGAGAUACUGUAAGGAGGGGCUUGGUGCUAGUCACUCUGAGGGGGUGAAAGGUUUUUUCUUGCUGCAGUGAAGUGUAUCUCACGAUUUAUCGAAAGAGAUCGGGAAAAAGGGCCGCACAACGAGACAGUUGUAUAAUAUAUUAGACACACAGUAAUUGUAGACUAUACCUUUUCUACAGGGACGAUCUUCGAAACUUAAUAAUCAAGAGAAUAGGGAGUGACAACCUUUUGGACAAAAUUAGUUUUAUAUCCAAGUCUGAGUUUUUCACGGCUGCUGUCAAAUCUCCUGAGGUAAGAUGACUCUGCUAUGUUCAGUGAUUUUUUUUUUUUUGCUUUCUUUUAUUUUCUGUUCCGCUAUUUAUUUUUAUUUUGUUUUUGUUAUUGUUGUGCACCUGUGCUUCAUCACGCGAGCAUGUUUCAGUUGGCAUCGGGAGAGCUGUGAGAGAAAAAAUGACAUGAUUUCCUUAAAAACAUGCUCGAGCUUACUUUUCAAACUUUGACCCUACUAAUGGCGGAGGGGCGCCUAACUCGCCAGUAAAUAACGUCACUAUCACUCUCAAUCCAGCUCUCACGAUGCGACCCAAUCGGCAGAUUAAACGGAAAAAAAAAUGCAUAAAUAAAUUAGAUGUAAUAGUUUGCCCGGGGAAUCUUAGCCAAACGUAACUUUGGGAUAGAUAAGAGUCAGAGAACUAGAAAAACAACCACGAAAGUAAAAUUAGGAAAGCUUCGUAUCGGUAAGCCAAUAUUAGACAACAGGUACAAAACUGUCCAUUGAAUCCUUUACAGGUUUCAUUAUCUUGUUAUCUUGGGAAAUGUUGAUUACUCUCUUGAUUGAGGUAAUGACCGAAUGAUUUUGUCUACCACAGAUUAAAGUCGAGUCAGAGAAGCACGUGUUAUUUGACCAUGAAUUUACUAAGCUGUUCAAGAAGUUGGAAGGUUAGUUGAUUCAGGUUAUGAAUUAAUUCACUCCCCCACCCCUAUCCUUAUUUUUACUGUCGCUCACCCCCUUGGUACAAAUAACUUAGCCUUCCGCUGCCAUUAAAAUCAAAGAAGGCGGCUAUAAUUUUCGCCACGAAAAUACUGAGCACUCACCCGCCAAAAUUACCCCAUCCCCCAUCCCCCAUCCUUUUAUUCCGGACUAUAAUAAUUGUAUAAUAUACAACACCUACAUGUAGAAAAGGUUUUUAUUUACUUUGAGAUUUGGCCAGAAAUUAGACAGAUUUUUCUACCAUAUGUUUCCGCAAGUUUUAUGGACGUAACCGUGCACAAAGUCCUAUAGCAUUUCAGUCACUGUCAUACGAGAGAUGAGUGUAUUGUGCACGUUCAGGGUGCUCCCAAUAUACACUGCAGCACCUUUGUUUCGCCGGCUUUGGUAACCAAUUUUUCUCAAUUAACUCUGACUGGUAUGAACUUAAAACUUUUAGGAUGUAUUUUCAGCAAAGCCUCAAAGUUAAGUUUUUGGCAAAAAUUAGUAAAAGCAGACUUGAACAUUCUCAUCUAAAGUUAACUGCACUGGCUUUUUCACAAGAACUUGUGGCUAAUUUGUCUUUCCUUCACUAAUAUUGAUCAUUUCUUAUCUUACCUUUUUUUUUUUGCUACGAUGAUGUUGAUUUAAGCCUUUGCUCCUUUUUCCCUUAAAGCUGCUGUGACCAAAGCUAUCGAAGAGGAACCUUCACACCAGCAACUAGCGAACCACGUGAACGGGAAACCAUCACAGGGAAUGGAGAACCAUGACUCAAUCAUAUCAUCGUACAAAGAACUUAUUAGAGAACAGGUGAGUGUCACGUGACCCUCAAUCAGUCCGGAUAGUUCAACGUUCUCUGUGUGUUGGAGGGUCGGAGAGUUGGUGACUUAGUAAUAGUCCAUUUUCAACUUACGUGCUUGGUUGCAAAGCCUUUGAACAGGAGUUAGGCUAAGGGUGACCUUGUUAAGAUACAAGCGUUGCUGUUUUUCAAAUGUAAAUUACCUUUUUAUCAUGCUAACUAGAUACUGAUCUCUCUCACGACAAGGUCACCUUCAGCCUCACUCCAAAUCAAAGGCUUGGCUUCUAAGUUCACAACUGUAAAAUAGCCUCUUAGCGCCUUGGUCGCCAAAUAAAGAAAUCCAGAUUCCAGCCCCAGCUAGGGUCACUGUGAUGUGCUCUUGAACACUGAACUCACUGAAAUAUUUUUUCUAUAUUAUCUUUUUAUAGUUGUAGUAGUUGUCCAGUGCGUGCCCUUCUUAUGUAUGCAAGUAUAUCCUAGUCCUAUGUAGGUUGAAAAGCUUUUUUUUAUCUGCAGGAUGAAGAAAUCGGAAAACUGAAAUCAAGAUACGGUGACAUGGAGUCGUCUUACAACCAGGUGAAAUGCCACGACUUCUUCAGUCCUUGGGUGGUUUUUUUUUUUUCGGGCAACCCGCAUGGCUUACAGGGAUAUGUUGCAUCUUGAGUGACUCUUUAACUCACGGUCAAGCUAUCAAGAGUUUGUAAGAGAAGCAAAUUCUUUUGUUAGUACAAAUGCCAGCCCAUUGUUUGUACAUUAGAGCAAGCUUAUGGGGAGGGAAAUUACUUGAUAAAGGUGCAAGUUGUCAACGCUGUCUUCUCUCUGACAGGCACAAGCACAGAUUCAACAACAGUCUCAGGAGAUCCAGGAGCUUCGUGAACAACUCCUUGUGGCUCAGAGUAAGAAGAAAUCUCUUUUCACUUUUCCACUCUCUCGUUUCUUUUUCUUUUCAAUUCGUGGAGAUAAUGUCCAUAUUUUCUGGUUUAUAUUGCGCAGCUUUUCAGCCCCAGUCUUCGGGCGUGACUGAAUCAUUCUUCACUGAAAAUGUGGAAUUAACAAAUCUUAGAAAUCAAGUCAGUGAUCUUCAACUAAGUAGAGACUCGCUACAGGAGGAUGUCAAAACGAAAGAUGAAAAAAUAGGAAAGUUGGUAAGUGCAACCUUAAGAUCAAGCUGUCAAUUCUGCUUGCUAGCUCUUUUCUGAUAGUUUCUUUUAAUGGUAAAUACUCGUAUCCUUGUGUGAAAUACAACUUCUGUGUUCCUUUAUCCGACGAAGACGUUUCCUCUAGGUUUUUCCUCUUCCUUUCAUGCUGAACUUUGUUCGAAGCCUUUGCUUUCUCAAUACUUACAACUGUCAAAUCAGUUUUAACCUGUGCGUUAUGAUGGAAUAAACAAUCCGUCCGCGAUGUUGAAUCUUUUGAUAUAGAGGUUCUGUGUUAAUGUGCGUCUGUUCCGUAAUUUAUCACAGAUGACGUCAAACUGUGUUAACUCUUAAACUCCCAUGAGUGACCAAGAAAGAAUUGCUCCUCACAAUAUCAAUACAAUAUCAACCAGAUAAGUGAUGAGAACAAAGAAAAAUAUCAAUUUGGGGAAAAUUAAUUGAUCCGAUACUAAAUUCUUUUAUAAGAAUUGUAUGGUUGACGGUAAGGAGAAUUACAAAUUUGAUCUGGGAGUUAAAGGGUUAAGAACGUAAGACUGGCACAUUAGGCGCAGCUGAGUAUGUCACUGAUGUUCUUACCACACGUUAACCACAUGUGUGAUCUAGUACUACACAGACCCACAGCAACAUAGAAUAUAUUUUUUUGUAUAACAAAGAAGUGAAAUUUGUGGAUUAUGACGUCAUGUAUGAGUCUUUCCUCUAAUAGAUCAUGUAAAAAAACCAAUCAAAUACGUGUAGAAUUAAGCUUAUUAGAUAUUUCCGAGAGUUCAUAGGCAACCACUAAUCACAGAGUACGUUGUAAUCAAUUCACUGUAUAAUGAAAUGUUGGUCUUUGCUGAGAAUUUCGUUAGUUGCUGAUAUCAAUUUGUCAUAUUUUAGGAGAAAGACCUAGAAGUCUGUCAGGCCUCGUUGGCCGUGGCCCAUGCAGCCGCUGAGCUAGCUGCGGGCUCAGAAACUGUAGAAUUCCCAUCGGCGCCUCUGAGCCUUACAAGUCAGCAACUAGAAGAAUUAGAGCAGCUGAAGCGAAAAGUGAUAUCACAGCAAGAGGAGUUAGACGUGCUUAGAAAUCUGAACACAGAACUUGAAAACGAAAUGGAAGUGAUGGUAAGUAAAAAGACGGGAAAAAUUGCACUGACUUACGAGUAAUUUUUUAAUCGUGAGUCGAAUUCAUGAACAACACAACCGACAUCAUUUAAGUGUUUUCUGUGACCAACAGAAAAAUUUGAUGUGGUCAAAGGAAAACCCAUUGAGAUGCAAUCUCUAUUGAAAGUUGCAUUGUUUUUCGUCAUUUGAAUUAUGUUUAGAGAGAAGAGGGGAUCGAUACGCCAACGAAUAGCACAGAUGAAGUGAAAGCUGAGCUGGAGAGGGCCAGAACGGAAAGCCACGACAAAAUAAGACUGUUAGAGGAAAAAUUAGCCACCACGGAGAAUGAAAUGAGCAGAAUGAAAGAGGAAAAGGCAGAUCUGGAAAAGGAACACGAAGAUCUUUUGGUUAUGCUAACUGAACAAGAUAACAAAAUUAUGAAAUAUAAGGUAAUUUUAUAUGUGAUGUAGAUUCAUGCCCAGAACUAGAGAAUCUUCAAAUCUGAGAGUGGUUCGGAGUUACAUAUCGAAGAAGGGAAAGGCUCUUUCUCCCUUUUUGCCUGAAUGGCUUUGACAUUAUUUGAAUGAAUGUAACUGCAUUUGACACCUUCGUUCUUAGAUUUGAAUGUCAGUUUUCCAUACUCUCAGGCAUUUAUUUUAAACAACUGAGGUUUGAGAAUUUGGUGAUGAAUCAAACGGUAUUCCAUUCUUGAUAUUUCGUCAUUGCCUGUCUUUUAGUAGCGCAGUGGUAUUGUAAGGAAAAGUUGAUCUUUCUCCCUCUUGGGAGGAACAGGGUUAAAAGUAUGGAAAUCUGUAAAAAGGGCCUCGUAAAGUCAACUCUUACCGAUGCUGUAAGGCCUCGUAUUAACCCUUUCCACACUGACAUCAGUAUGCAUAUUCUCCACACUGUUCUCUUUACAUUUCCUAAGUUGCUGCAAGUAGAAUUUGUUUGGCAAUCAAGAGUUUCUUUAAUCGGUGUUCAUUUCCUUUGUAUUAGUGACCUUAAUAUGUGAUUCAGGGGUGAAUGGUAAGGAGAAUUUAGAUGCUGUCACUAUAAGGUGUUAAAGGGUGAAAAACCUUUGUCGUUUCCCAUUUACGCAGAAACUAGCGAAACAGGCUGGACAAGAGGUCAGCGAAGACGACGAUGAAGGUGAUGACGAUGACGACGAGGAAGAGGAGGACGACGAUAACGCGGAGAAUGAUGACGAUUUUGAGAAGAAUGAUGAAGAUGAUGAGAAUAAUGAUGACGAUGAAAAUGAAGACGGGUCUGAUAACCACGACGAGAAUGAAACAAAACAGGACACAAAACAGCCAAACACGGACGACACAGAAUUGGACGAUGAAGAACUUACGUGAAAUACAAAAGAAUCUAACUGCAUCAGCUUUAUUGAUGUUAAACGAAAAACUAGGCAUUCUAAACAGAAGUAGAAUGGUGCCCAUUUUUAACGAUAGUGUAUAUUAAUUUUAUUAAGAAUUUUAAAUUCAUUGCAUCAGUUCCGGCAACAAUGAAUGAGUUACUUCGUCUUUGGUUCCUCAGAUUACACGUUCUUAAAAAUUAUCAAACUAAAUAACAGAAAAUUGAGAAACAUUUCUAAACGUCAUUUGCCUAUAUUGAAAAAUAUUCAGCCAAGAGGAAAUGUAGGAUUUUGUCUUCGUGUGUUCGUUUUACAAGGGAAACGAGACACUUUGGAAAAGAAUCAAAGUUCUUUCCUCCAAAGAAAAAAUAAUAAUAAUUUAUAUACUGGUACUUGGAUUUACUGUGUUGUUUGGUAGAAGCUAGCGUUGCAACGUUCAAUUUUGUUUGUUACCCAGUUUUAUAAAACACGAAAUUUGAACAAGAUUGUUCGUCGAGCGUAAAAAUUAAAGAAAUACUUUCUGAAGGAGUUAAGUCAUCAGAAAAUUGCCCCUUUCAGGUGGGAAACGUAGAAUACAUUUUCCUAAAACACAUUACAGUAGCCAAUUAGAACAAAUGUGGGAGGAAAGAAAGAGGAUGGCUAUGUUUUGGGUAUCACAAGCUUGAGGAACUAGGACUUUGACGUUUUUCUUGAAGAAGUUUAGUAUGGGAUUAUUCAGGUAAAUCUUAAAAAAAGAUUUUGUCAGUUGGCACU